CCCUGCUCCCCUCCGUCGUCUCCACCGCCAAAACCCUAAACCCGAGCCUCCUCCCUCUCCCGCUCCAAUCAGCUAGGGUUUUCGCGCGGCCGCCUCUUCGACUCCCCGAGCGACCACGAUGAAGUUCUGGGGUGUGGAAGUGAAGCCGGGACAGACAGUUUAUUGCGACCCUGGUGAAGGGCGUGUUGUUCAUCUCACACAGGUUGCCCUGGGUGAAGCAGAGAAAGGAAGUGUCGGCAUACUAGUAUCUGCUAAAAUUGGUGAUCAAAAGGGGGCCAUUGGAACUCUGUCGGCUGAAAAUCACCCUCAUAUUCCUUGUGAUUUGAUCUUUGAGAAACAGUUUGAGCUAUCACACAGUUCAAAAACUGCCAGUGUGUUUGCGUGUGGUUACAAGAUUUUUGUGCCUAUCUGCGAGUCUGAUUCUAGCGAGCUUGAUUCUAGCGAGUUUGAUUCCAGUGAGUCUGAUUCCAGCGAGUCUGAUUCUAGCGAAGAUGAAGUGGAAACUGUAAACAAUCAAGUGACCAAUCGUAUUGUCGGCAAUGUGGUAAAGCCUCCAACAACAAAGGAUGAUAAAAAGGUUACAGAUAAACCUGACAGUGGUGAGGAUGAUAGUGACUUUUCUUCAGAUUCAGAUGAUUAUGCCGAUGAUGGGUACAGUAGCUUAGAUACCGAUUCUGAAGAGGACGGUACCGGUAGUGAAGAGAUGGAUACCAGUAGCAAAGAGGAGGACAAAGACAGUCCUAAGACUGAGGAUGGCAAGAAGGCGGUGGCCGAGACUGCCUUGAAGACACCUGCCUCUGACGAUACCAGUAGCAAAGAGGGUUCAGGUGAUGAGGAAAACAAGAACACUCCUAAGCCCGAGGAUGGCAAGAAGACGGCGGCCGAGACUGCCUUGAAGACACCUGCCUCGACAGCAUCAUCUGGCCCUUGUGCACUACAGCCCGAGGAUGGCGAGAAGACGGUGGCCGCCGAGACUGACUUGAAGACACCUGCCUCUGACGAUACCAGUAACAAGGAGGAUACAAAUGAUCAGGAAGACAAAAGCACUCCUAAGCCUGAGGUUGGCGGGAAGAGGGCGGCCGAAACCGCCUUGGAGACGCCUGCUCCUGACAAGAAGGCAAAGAUUGAAACACCAUCUGGCCAGGACGCCGGUGCGGUCGUAAGAACAGUUUUUAACCAACUAAAUCCCCAUUUACUUCAGAUGACAAGAAGACUGUCCAUGUGGCAACUCCCCAUCCAGCAAAGCAGGCCGACAAGGCGCCUGCAGGGAACAGCAAGCAAAACCUCAAGUCCAAAUAUGUCGGCGGCGCCCACGCCUGCAAGUCGUGCAGCAGGACAUUCGGCAGUGUUUCAGCGCUCCAAUCGCAUGAGAAGGCCAAGCACGCUUGAGCUGCUGCUGGUGACAACAUGUUGCUGAUGCCGAUGCUGAUGCCCCGUCUCCAACUUCUGUACUCUUGUCAGCCUUAGAUUAGUGUUAGAAAGUAUUGCAUACGGUGUUGGUUCUUAUAUACCCGGUUUUGUGCCGUUGAUAUUUUUGGCGAAUCUGAUAGCUACUGAGAUGUCGGUUAAUAUUCGGUAAAGAUAUUAUAGUUGGGAGGUGAUGUAUGGUAAACCUGGAAAUUGGAAAGCCAUGUUUUGAUGUUAUA